UGCAGUUGUGCUGUUGAAUGGGCUGCAGCUGCGACUUGAAGAGUCAAACAAGUGAACAAAGUGAUAAUAUCACAGUUUAAUAGAUAAUAAACUAAUAAAUUCAAUAUUAAAAACAACCCCAGUGUCCGUGUUCACCUGCGGCGCGCUCCCGGGUCUCCUGGUGUGCAUCCAUGCGCGCUUCCGUGUGCGUGACGCUGUUUUUUUGUCUGCUGAGCGACGUGACAGCACGACACUUCACCGAGGAGGAGAUGUCUGCUGUCAGGCAGCGCAUCAGGUCCAUGUUCUACCAUGCCUACAACAGUUACCUGGACAACGCAUUCCCCUACGACGAGCUCCGCCCACUCACCUGUGACGGACAGGACACCUGGGGCAGUUUCUCUCUGACUCUGAUCGAUGCUCUCGACACUCUGCUGGUUUUGGGGAACGAAACAGAGUUUCAGCGCGUGGCGUCGCUCCUCCAGGACACCGUGGACUUCGACAUCGACGUCAACGCCUCCGUGUUUGAAACCAACAUCAGAGUGGUAGGUGGUCUGCUGUCAGCUCACCUGUUGUCAGGUCGGGGGGGGAUGCAGCUGGAGCCUGGUUGGCCCUGUUCAGGACCUCUACUGAGGAUGGCCGAGGACGCAGCCAGGAAACUACUGCCUGCCUUCCAGACUCCAAUUGGGAUGCCGUAUGGGACGGUGAACCUGCUGCACGGUGUCAGCCCCACAGAGACACCCGUCACCUGCACCGCCGGCGUGGGAACCUUCAUCCUGGAGUUCGCCACGCUGAGUCGUCUGACGGGAGACGAGACGUUUGAGAACGCCGCCCGCCAGGCGCUCAGAGCGCUGUGGAGGACACGCUCCGACAUCGGCCUGGUGGGUAACCACAUUGACGUCCUGUCCCAGAAGUGGGUUGCUCAGGACGCGGGCAUCGGGGCCGGGGUGGACUCGUACUUUGAGUACCUGGUGAAAGGCUCCAUCCUGCUGCAGGACCAGGAGCUGCUGCACAUGUUCCUGGAGUACGAUCGAGCCAUCCAGAACUACACCCGUUUUGACGACUGGUACCUGUGGGUCCAGAUGCACAAAGGGACCGUGUCCAUGCCCGUGUUCCAGUCUCUGGAGGCCUUCUGGCCCGGCCUGCAGUCUCUCCUGGGGAACCUGGACAGCGCCGUGAGAACCUUCCAGAACUAUUACUCUGUGUGGAGACAGUUUGGAGGUCUGCCGGAGUUCUACAGCAUCCCUCAGGGCUACACCGUGGACAAGAGAGAGGGGUACCCACUGAGACCAGAGCUGAUAGAGAGUGCCAUGUACCUGUUCAGGGCGACAGGUGACCACACCUACCUGCAGCUGGGCCUCGACGCGCUCGAGUCCAUCGAGAAGAUCACCAAGACGCCCUGCGGAUACGCCAGCGUUAAAGAUCUGCGGGAUCACCAGCUGGACAACAGGAUGGAGUCUUUUUUUCUCGCUGAAACCAUCAAGUACCUGUACCUGCUCUUUGACCCCGGCCACUUCCUGCACGGCGGCGGGGCGGAGGGCGACGGGUCCUGGGAGGAGGGGGGCGAGGGGGGGCGGUGCGUGCUAGGGGCGGGGGGGUUCAUCUUCAACACGGAGGCUCACCCUCUGGACCCGGCGGCACUCUACUGCUGCGGCCGCCACGCUGAGGACCGGCAAGAGCUGAGGGACGUCCUGCUCAGCCUGUCGCAGCACGCCGACAAGACACCUGUCGGCCAAUCAAAGAUGCCCGGCGGCCAAUCGAAGCCGCCCACCAAACAGACGGACAGCCCUCUUCCCGGCCAAUCAGAGAGCAUCGCUCUGAAGCCGGGGGAGAAGGCGGCGGCGCCCGUCCUGUCCUGCCCUGUGCAGCCGUUCAGCGCCCGGCUCUCCAUCCUGGGGCAAGUCUUCUCCGACAACACCUGACGCUCCGUCACAUGACGCUGGGCUUGUUUUCUUUGCUGUGUCUUGUUUUUUUUAAGACACGUCAGCUUUCAGGCAACCAAAAUGUGCUUAAACCACAGCUGGAGUUCUGUGGAUCUGAUUUCUAAACAGAAAAACUAAUAAUGAGUGAACAGAUUCAUCAACAUCCACCGUUCCUGCUGGGACAGACUUCUCUGCACAAGUGAUUGGGGGAAAAUGUUUUUCAAUUGAAGAUAUGCAAUUUCACAUCAGGUUUGAUCAUUUUUACCACGUGGGUGUAAAAAUGUUUCUUUUUUAACUACAACCAUUAAAACUGGAAACAUUUUAUACAUUAUAAUAAUAAUAUUCCAUCAUAACCUGCCUGGUUCUGUCUGUUGUUGUUCGAAGACACUGUUCUCAUUUAAACUGAAGGUUAAAUAUAUUUUUAUUUAUUAGAAA